CCCACUGGAUUACAAACAAUUAAAAUACACCUACUACACGUAGUUUUCACAUUUGAUGUUAAAAUAAGUGGUCAUAAAUAUUUUACAUUGAAUUAAAACACAAUAGAGUUGAUUCAUGUACAUUAUUAACGGUCACAUUUCCUAGCCGCACCAAAUCCGGAAGAGGCGGUGCUAAAGGGAUGUUGUGCUAACGGUUAGCUACAGGAGGCUAACUGCUCCUUCUUCUGAUCUUUCUGAAGUAAACACACACUGCUGGACUUUUAACAUUUGUAAUAAACCGAGAGAUGAACGGGAGCACCAAUCCGCUGCUGGACAAAGAGGAGCAUGUCCUGAAGCUGGGGGAGAGCUUCGAGAAGAGGCCCAAAUCCUCCUUUCAUACUAUCAGAUAUGACUUCAAACCAGCCUCCAUCGACACGAGCUGUGAGGGAGAGCUGCAAGUUGGGAAAGGAGAAGAAGUUACCAUCACCUUACCUCACAUCCCAGGCUCCACGCCUCCCAUGACGGUGUUCAAAGGGAACAAGCGGCCGUACCAGAAGGACUGCGUGCUCAUCAUCAACCACGACACCGGGGAGUUCAUGCUGGAGAAGCUGAGCAGCAGCAUCCAGGUCAAGAAAACCAGGGCGGAGGGCAGCAGUAAGAUCCAGGCGCGGAUCGAGCAGCAGUCGGUCCGCUCCACCUCUCAGCCCUCCUCUCAGUUUCGAGCCCCCACAAAGCCCGGGGCCAAAGCCUCCCCCUCCCCCUCUAAAGACGACCCGUCCCCGGAGCCUCAGCUCGACGACAUCAAGAGAGAGCUGCGUGCGGAGGUGGAAGUCAUCGAGCAGAUGAGCAGCAGCUCCUCGGACUCGGCCUCCGGCAGCGGAGAGGAGAGCAGCGACGGAGAGCCGGACGUCCCCCCCCCCCGGCCGCUCAGCCAGACCUCGCCCCCCGCCCCCCUCCCACAGCCAACGGGGGGCAGCCGGGCAACAACCAGCUCAUGAACACACUGCGAAACGACCUUCAACUCAGCGAGUCGGGCAGCGACAGUGAUGACGACUAAACUCUCUUCCUCUCAACACACACACACACACACACACACACACACACACACACACACACACACACACACACACACACACACACACACACACACACACACGGACAGACACACACACACACACACACACACACGGACGGACACACACACACACACACACACUCCUCCUCCUCUCCACUGGUUCCUGCUGUGGCAGCUCCCAGCUGUGUAUUCCGGUUUGAUUGUAUCUUUUAUUUUUUAUUUUCGUAUAUCCUUAAAGCUAAGAGUGUAUUUUCUAUUAGAUGUUAUAUUUUAUUUUGUAUAGCGAGACAGAGAAACUUUUACUUGUUCGGUUUGGAAGAUUAUAUAUUGGAGUGCACAUAUUUUCUGUUCUCAGAGCAGCUACUUUUAUCUCCAUGUAUCAUGUCUCUCGUUGGGUUUGUCUUUACGCUGAGGCGAGGAAGAGUUGAUUUUGAAAGAUAACCACUCUCUCACCUCGUCUGGUUUUAAUCAGAGAAGGCUGUGGGAAGCUUCUCUACUUCUAUGUCAUGUUUUUAAUGUUUAUUGUUAUAAAGAAAAUGCAGAAUUGUCUGUGCAUCAGUAACACAUUGAUGAAAAACAAGUCUAAGUCAAAUUUAGACAGGCUAGUAUUUUAGAAGUGACAGAGACCUUGUUCUACGAUUCCAGGUGUUAAUCUGCAUUUUGGAUUAUUCUUCUACCACUAGGGGGCAGAAAAGACCUAAAAACAAACUGUCGGAAACAGAUCUGACAUGUAUAAGCUUUUAAUGUUGCUAAUCGUUAGCAAGCAGUUGAAUGUAAGAAAUCCACCAAAUCUAAAAAACGAUCCGUGUUGAGGAACUCAAACCCUAAACAUGUGAUGUGUUUGUAGCUGGAGAAUAACGAAUAAUAAGCUAAACGAGGUCAAAUAUUCCAGUCAAGACGCAAAAUUGUCUGUUUUUGGAAGUGUUACCUUAUCAAAAGGUACCCAGCAACAGAGGAGGAGGUAGUCAGUUAGUCAUGUGCUAAUAUUAAUGCAUUUACUCAACUGGGUGCAUUACGUUCUACCUUCUCGUCACAAAGAAUCCCAAUUCCUCGCAGUAUAACCAGUUACAGUAUGAUACAUACCAUACGUCAAAUCCUUUGAUGAUAACGGUCUAAAACCUUUAAAUAUAUAGUUAACUCUCACCAAAAACAAGUAUUCACAGGCGUUCUUCCUAGAAUUACUGAUAAUAAUUGAGUCUAAAGUGGUUCAUUUGUUAAUAAAAGUCCUUCAAAGGCACCUGAAACUCAAAUGAUGCACGAUUACGUCUGAAAAAGGGAAAUAAACUACUUCAAAAAGUUCAGAUAUCCGUUUUCUCUCCACACAGACACUCUUUGUUCCAAGUGUUGUCAUUUUUCAAUCAAACUUAUUUUUUUAGACCCUGCAUUUCCAUAUAAUACUAAAGGAUAAUUCCACGCCUUACAGCGUCUCGGUGAAUGUGUUGUUUUGUGAAAAAGCCAAAGAGUGAAACUGCCUCUCAGAGAGCAGGACGCCUCACAUGUCGCUGUGUCAUCGUUUUCAUUUCAAACACUGUGUGUGUUGAUGUGAUCGUCUGCAGGAGACACUCGGUGCUGAUUGUACAGUGAAUCAAUAUCAAUGCAACAAAACAACCUGCAGUCAGAAACACCAAUGAAGAGUUUCAUAGCAAAAAUUGCCAAUAUUUCAUUUUAUUGGGAAUUUAAACACUAUUUUUGGCAACAGGUUAAAAAGUGUAAUAUAAGACGGGCUUUCAUUGACCCCUGUUGGGAUAUUUAGGAGUUAUACAAGGUUUUAAAGUUAGAGGAAUGUUCCUUCUAGUUAAUUUGACAAUUAAUCUGUUGAGCAGAGUCCUGAUCAACUAAGACUUUGAAAAAUGGUCUCACGUUUUUUUACGAGGAAGGAGAAGUAACCAACACAAAGUGACUGUUUAUCUUUCUAAAUUGUAAAUGAACCUUCAGCUGGUUUGAUACGUCAGGCUCAAACGUCUCAUAUCAGUCUCUGAAUCCACACCUCGGUUGUUGAAUGUUGUAUUUGGUUCUUUUGUUGUCAUGUUUUUCUAUUAGUGACGUUUAUGUGAAAUGUGUUUGUACAAACUUGAAGUGUAUUAAAAGCGUUUCAAUUCA